AUGUUUGCUGUAAAUGGACCUACUGGGCCAUCGUCACGCCAUGAGCGACGCGUAAUGAGCGACCGGCAAAGGAACAAAGAGAAUGAAACUACGAAACGCUGUGCAGAUAAAGCGCAAACGCACUUUUUUCGGGAGAAGCGUGCGCGAUCUACCCAUAGCAAACGUGAGACAGAAAAAGUAGCCAAGUCUGAAGGAAGGUUGGAUAUAUUCAAAGGAUGCCGGAUUGUGUUUAAUGGGCGCACGGGCAAAGUAUCUUCGUACUAUUUGGCAAAAUUGGUGCAGGAGCAUGGUGGCAACGUCGUGUCAUCCAUGGCGACACGCAUUACGCACAUGGUCGGUUUGAAUUUGAGCAAUUCCAAGGCGGAUAAAGUGCUAAGAAGCGCCAGCAAGUUCAAGUUUGUCAGCCCAGAGUGGAUUCUGCAGUCGAUUAAGCACAAAACGCGCCAACCUGAGUUCGACUAUCUCGUGUACAAGGACUACCAGACGCAGGCUUGCUCCUUCCUGGAUACUCGCUAG